UCUUCUACGCUGUAUAUCGAGUGAAUUUGCCCUGAAAGGUCCUCCUCGGGCUUCCGUACUGAGUUUGAACUUGUUGCUACGCAACCUGAAUUGCAUCCACUUUUCGUGACACAAUGUCGGAAAGAAGUUCCGAUAAAAAGCUCCAGUCCGUCGUUUCCCAGCAAAAGAAACUCCUGUCCUGCAGCACUAAGAAUGAGAGGUCCAAAAAGGGUCAAACACGGCCACAGGCAAAAUCUGCCGGUCCUUUGAGGAAGCUCACAGAUGACCUUUUUGCUAAGGAAGAAGAAUACAAACUGUUAAAUGCACAGUUGGAAGCCAAAACAGCGGAUCUGGUAAGACAGGCAGAACAACUGAUGAGGGACCAAAAUAAUGUUCUGUCAAAGUCCGUAUCCACACUCCUAUUGACAGAUAUUGAUGAUGAAGACAAUUCAAGGGUGGUAAAGCCUCAGCAGUGCACUGUGCAGGAGUCUGGUGUGAAGGUGGCGAAUGGAAAACGCGUCAAGUCAUCAUCACAAAACAAGUGUACUAGAAUGCAGCAAAAGGAAAACAAAACAACGUCUCAGUUGUCACAGGCAGAUGAGUUAGGAGCUGAAGAAUCAGCUAAUUGUUUCCUGGCCAGGACAAUACGCAACAUGGAGGAAAAGAUGAAUGACACUGUCACUCAUGAAAAUGUUGAGGAUGAUUAUGAUACUGGAGACAAUGUAGGACCAGCAAUUAUAGGUGCUCAAACACGAGUUGUAAAGGCAAAACUACGGAUCAUGCAAGAGGAACUGGAUCAACUUUCAUCUGAAUAUUAUAAAAAGGAUGAUGAAAAUGUUAAACUUAUUGCAAAAAUGAAGGAGCUUGAGGAGGAUCGAGCUAGACUGCAGAAAAACACAAACAUUCAGCAAACACAGAUUGAGAAGCACCGAAGCCUUGCAGAGGAGUCUGCCAAAAAAUGUGAUGGUCUUCAGCUGCAAGUGUCUGGAUUACAAAAGGAAAUAGAGAAUCUGAAUAGAUCACAGAAACAAGCAGCAGCUGCUCACAGCACUGUGGAGGUGCGUCUGAACAGAGCUCUGGAGGAGGUGGAGAAGCUAAAGACUCAACUGAACAAGGCAAAACAGACAAACAAGGACAAGAUGAACGAGGAACAUCAGAGCAAGGAGAAUCUACUUGCUGAAAACAAAAUGUUAAAAAAGCAGAAAGCAGAACUGAUUGUUGGUUUUAAGAAACAGCUCAAGCUGAUUGACAUUCUCAAAAGACAGAAGAUGCAUUUCGAAGCAGCGAAGCUGCUGUCAUUCACGGAAGAUGAAUUUAUGAAAGCUCUGGACUGGGGAAACUCGUAAACUUUGAAAUUUAAUAGUCUUCCCAAAGUUCAGACACAUUUUUUUCAUUUGUUGUGAGAAAAAAAAAAACAUCUGAUCAUUAACACAUAUCACUAGUUGAAUAAGUCUAAUGCUUGCAUCUGCACAGUGUGAAUAAAAAGAUUAUUUUAAAUA